GCACCACCACAACGAUUACUACUGGAACGACAGCUCCAUAAGAGUGUACUGAUAGGUUGGCUGCACCCGGAGUGUCCCAAAGCCUUCAUCGAGUCCUUUCAGAUCUAUGUGGACGGCGUCCUCAAGGCUACCAUUCCUAGUGGUGACAGAACCAAAGCACUGGUCGAGGGGGUCGACUCAUCUAUGCCUCAUAGGAUUAGCGUGAGAGCUACGGACAGGAGCGGUCGCCAGUCCAAAGACCCGGCCUGUACUAUAGUGAUCGGCAAAAGCAUCCCAUUCGCGCCGUGCUGUGUGAAGGCCUCCAACAUAAGCUCGGACUCGGCGGUCAUCUCGUGGAUCCCCUGCAACUCCAACUUCUACCACGUGGUGGCCGUCAACAGCGUGGAGGUGCGCACCGUACGGCCCUCGGUGUUCAAGCACCUGAUCACGGGCCUGGCCGCCAAUACCAUGUACAGAGUGUCAGUACGUGCCAAACCGGGUAAGCUAUUGUGCAGCGACGAGAAAAAUCCCAAAAAGUUGGAAAUGCUCACCACUUUCGUCGACUUCCGGACUCUACCCAAAAGUCUUCCCGAUCCACCCGUUGAUAUACAAGUAGAGUCGGGCCCCCAAGAGGGUACGCUACUGGUCACGUGGCUGCCGGUGACGCUAAACCAAUUUGGAACCUCCAAUAACUGCCCGGUGACCGGGUAUGCCGUGUUUGCCGGCCAUAAAAAGUUAUCGGAAAUUGAUAGCCCCACGGGCGAUCACGCGUUGCUGGAAAUCUGUUCGUUAGAGCACUUGCAUAAGAAAGCGGUGACAGUGCGGACCAAAUCCGGUGAGAACCUGUCCCAGGACUCCAUGCCCUGUCAGAUACCCGACGAGUUACUCAAACUGCCGCCAAUGGCCGUUCACUCCAAAAAGGCCGUAUACGACGCGCACCGAACAAAACAACAGGCGGUCAGUCGGCCGUCGACGCGAACAAGUGCUACAACCCGUGCCCUCCAACAGAAACACCACCACCAGAGCCACCAUCACAUGCAGCAAACCGGUCACCAAAUGCAACAACAGUCUCAUCACCACAUGAUUACGGGUCAGUCGAUGGGCGGCCGUAUGGAUGACGGCAUGUCCGGGCAGGACCUCAUCUCGCGGAUGAACAUCCCGGCCAUCGAGAUCACGAAAGACACGCCCAGCGAAUCCAUUAACCCCAUCGAGAGCUACUCGGAGGAGGAGUUCGAGACAAUGAGACAGCGGUCGUCGGGCGGCCAUAUGGCCGGCCAGAGGGCCUACGGGUCGUCACCGGUGCCGCCGCACAGAACGCGCGCUAUUAGUGACUACGAGAGGUCCCAUUUUGGACCAUCGGAUCACACGCCUAACCGUCGCGUAGGCGGCCCUCAGAUGCAGAGGGAUCGCGAGCGCGGCAUCCGCUGGUUUGUGGCCCUCUUCGACUACGACCCCCUCUCCAUGUCGCCCAACCCGGACGCCGCCGAGGAGGAGCUACCCUUCCAAGAGGGACAGCUCAUCAAAAUUUAUGGGGAUAAGGAUGGCGACGGUUUCUAUAGGGGUGAGGCGAAUGGGAGGGCAGGUUUUGUACCGUGCAAUAUGGUGUCCGAAGUGCAAUACGACAACGAAUCCGAUAUGAGACAACGGCAGCUCCACCAACAGGGGGCUGAUCCCUGGUCUCACUUGAAUGUGCGAAAAAUGGUCGCCCUCUACGACUACGACCCACAGGAACUGUCGCCCAACGUGGACGCGGAGAUGGAACUGGCGUUCAAUACGGGUGACAUAGUGUAUAUCUACGGGGACAUGGAUGAGGACGGCUUCUUUAUGGGCGAAGUGAACGGCGUUAGGGGUCUCGUGCCCUCCAACUUCCUGUCGGAGGCCGGCCCGGGAGGCCAGACCGGUGGUGUGGGCGGCCCUCAGCAACCGCUACAGCAGCCACAGCCCGUUGAUCCCAAUGCUCGUCAUGUGAGUCGCUUUAAAGGUGGGGAGUGGAGCACAAGGAUGUUAUAA